AGUGGAGUUCUCCAACGUUGAAAGAUAGGAAAGCUCACCUAACAGUAAACCGGUGUGUACAUGUGUCGUGCAAACUGCCUAGUAAAACUAGGGUUUUCAGAUAUUGUGGGGACUUUUAUUGGGUACGAGACGUAACUUCAGUUACAGAAGAUGCCAACAAUAUCUGUAAAUAAGGAGGAAUUGUUUAAAGCGCUCGGGAAACGUUACACUUUUGAAGAAUUUGAUGAACUUUGCUUUGAAUUUGGAGUAGAACCAGAGGAACCGGAUGAAGAUGACAUAAUAGAAAACCCAGAUGCUGCUUUAGAAUGGAAAAUAGAAAUUGGUGCAAAUAGGUAUGAUUUGCUGUGCAUUGAGGGUUUGGUCAGGGGUUUGCUGGUAUUCCUAGAAAGAGUUGAAGCUCCAAGAUACAAAACUAUCCCUCCAUGGCCUGGUAAAACGCAGAGACUUAGAAUUUUACCAAGAACUGCGGAAGUAAGACCGUUUGCAGUAGCAGCUGUUUUAAGAAACAUCACUUUUACUCCAGAGAUAUACAAAAGUUUCAUUGACCUUCAAGACAAACUUCACCAGAAUCUCUGCAGGAGGAGAACGUUAGUAGCGAUAGGAACACAUGACUUGGAUACGCUUAAAGGACCUUUCUAUUACGAUGCCAAACCACCCUCAGAGAUCAAGUUUAAAGCUCUGAAUCAGACAGAGGAAAAGACAGCAGCUGAGCUGAUGGAAAUCUAUUCUAAUGAGAGUCACUUGAAGCAGUACCUACCCAUUAUUCAGGACAAACCAGUGUACCCCGUUAUCUAUGACAGCAAUGGUGUAGUACUAUCCAUGCCUCCAAUUAUAAAUGGGGACCAUAGUAAGAUAACACUCAACACAAAGAAUGUCUUCAUUGAAUGCACAGCCACCGACCUCAACAAAGCCACGAUUACACUGGACACAAUUGUCACCAUGUUUAGCCAGUACUGCUCCCCACCUUACGAAGGAAUUGAGUCAGCAGAAGUUGUGAAUCCAUGCGGAACCAGUGUAAUGUAUCCCGAGCUUCACUACAGACUAGAAGAAAUUGAUGUGUCAGAUACAAACUGCAAGAUAGGAAUAUGCAUUCCUCCUGGUGAAAUGGCCAGACUGUUGACCAAAAUGUGCCUGGAAUCUACCCCUUUUGACAGUGGAAACAAAAUAAUGGUAGAGAUACCCCCCACCAGGCAUGAUGUGAUUCAUGCCUGUGAUAUUGUGGAGGAUGUGGCCAUUGCCUAUGGUUACAACAAUAUAGUGAAAACAAUUCCACAAACCAACUGUAUUGGGAACCAGUAUCCUAUCAACAAAUUGUCAGACUUACUACGACAAGAGAUAGCAGCAGCCGGUUUUACAGAAGUACUCUCAUUUGCACUGUGCUCACGAGAUGAUGUGGCAGACAAAUUGGGCAAAAAUAUCAAAGAUAUAAAAGCAGUACAUAUUGCCAAUCCAAAAACACUGGAAUUUCAGGUUGCCAGGACAACAUUGCUUCCGGGAAUACUUAAAACCAUAAAUAAAAAUAAGAGCAUGCCAUUACCUCUGAAGUUGUUUGAAAUUUCUGACAUUGUUCUGUGUGAUUCUGCCAAGGAUGUUGGAGCCAAAAACGAGAGGUGGCUGUGUGCAGUGAACUAUAACAAAUCCUCGGGGUUUGAAAUUGUGAAGGGCCUCUUGGACAGGGUCAUGCAGCUUCUGGAAAUCCCAGCAGAGAGAGGAAAAACGGGCUACUACAUUGAAGCCUGUGAUGAUCCGACAUAUUUCCAAGGACGAUGUGCCACAGUCAUAUUACGAGGGAAGGCCAUUGGGAAAAUUGGAGUGCUGCAUCCUGAUGUUGUGACAAAGUUUGACAUAAACAACCCCUGUUCAGCUUUUGAAAUAUCAGUUGAACCGUUGUUAAACAGAACAUGAAUGCAAUAUAAACAAUUUCCUCAGCCAUUAUCGCCUACCAUCUCAUAAUUCUCAGUACCUUUUACAGUGGAAAUGUCACUGAAGUAUUUAUUUAUAAUUGAAGAUAUUAUAACACGUAUUAUGAGAAUAUAAUGGAUAUGAAAUAUCAACACAAAUAAACAAUGGGUAAACGGA